CUUCCUCUCUGAUGUACUAAUCAUGUGACUUGCCUGUCAAAUCCCCGAGUCAGUAAGGAGCUAGCAAACACAUAUAUAUAUUUAUCUCUUGUGUUAGCUUAUUGACUAGCAGAAUAUGUUGUAGGAGUAUUUUAGCUUCUUCUUUUUUAGAUUUCUGUGUCAAUUAAGUUGUUAUUAAGUGGUCGGUUUUAGACUAACAUGGGAUGAUACGGAAUUUUGCUACCGCCAGCUAGCUAACGCGUUAUUAUUUUUGGUGUCCUCUCGCUAACAUAGCAUGUUAGUUAGCUAAUCAAUUCGUUCGCUGUUUUUGUUUUGAAUGUCAUGGCUUCAACGAAUGACAGAGGAAUUAUUUUAAGGUUACCUCCACGGAUUAAAGAUACUAUUUGAUCGAAGAGUAGGACUUGACAUUUUUUUAGACGUACCUUUUGUAACGUUGCCCCCCAACAAAGUGUUUUUGUUACCAACGUUACCAGUUAACGCUACAGUACCGUAGCUGACAAACGUUAGCAACAUAACUGUUGUUUUCGUUUUAACUUGCUAUCUUCAACUGGUUUUGAUGAUUUAAUUGAACGGGAAAUCAACUAGGUAACUACAAUGCAUGACGCUUACGAACCGGUCCCUAUCCUGGAGAAACUGCCUCUUCAGAUUGACUGUCUUGCUGCUUGGGAGGACUGGCUUCUGGUUGGGACUAAACCAGGUCAUCUCCUGCUCUACAGGAUAAAAAAGGAUGCAGGUACCAACAGGUUUGAGGUGACGCUGGAGAAAUCCAACAAGAACUUCUCCAAGAAGAUCCAGCAGCUGUUUGUUGUGUCACAGUACAAGAUCCUCAUUAGUCUGUUAGAGAACAAUAUCCAUGUCCAUGACCUUUUGACCUUCCAGCAGAUUACUGUGGUCUCCAAGGCCAGAGGGGCAACGCUCUUCGCCUGUGACCUGCAGCAGUCCCCGUCGGGAGAAGCUCAGCUGAGGAUGUGUGUUGCUGUGAAGAAGAAGCUUCAACUGUAUUACUGGAAGGACAGGGAGUUCUACGAGCUGCAGGGGGACUUUGCUGCUCCAGACAUCCCUAAGUCCAUGGCCUGGUGUCAGAACUCCAUCUGUGUUGGCUUCAAGAGAGACUACUACCUCAUCCGGAUGGAUGGUCGUGGCUCCAUCAAGGAGCUCUUCCCCACGGGGAAGCAGCUAGAGCCCCUGGUUGCCCCCCUGGCUGAUGGGAAGGUGGCGGUGGGCCAGGAUGACCUCACGGUGGUGCUCAACGAGGAGGGGGUCUGCACUCAGAAGUGUGCUCUCAACUGGACCGACAUCCCCAUCGCAAUGGAACAUCAGUCCCCCUACAUCAUAGCUGUCCUGCCCCGCUAUGUGGAGAUCAGGACCUUUGAACCCAGACUGCUGGUCCAGAGUGUGGAGCUGCAGAGACCACGAUUCAUCACAUCAGCUGGGCCCAAUAUAGUGUACGUUGCCAGCAACCAUUUUGUCUGGCGCCUGGUACCUGUGUCCAUCGCCAGCCAGAUCAGACAGUUACUACAGGACAAGCAGUUUGAACUGGCCCUGCAACUGGCUAAUAUGAAGGAUGAUGUGGAAGGUGAUAAGAGACAGCAGAUUCACCACAUUCAGAAUCUCUAUGCCUUCAAUCUGUUCUGUCAGAAGAGGUUCGAUGACUCCAUGCAGGUGUUCGCCAAGCUCGGCACAGAUCCGACCCAUGUGAUUGGUCUGUAUCCGGACCUGCUCCCCACUGACUACCGUAAACAGCUGCACUACCCCAACCCUUUACCCAGUCUGUCUGGAGCAGAGCUGGAGAAGGCUCACCUCGCACUCAUCGACUACCUGACGCAGAAACGCAGUCACCUGGUGAAGCAGCUGAAUGACUCGAACCCGUCCACGCCGUCUCCCCUCAUGGAAGGAAUUCCCACCAUCAAGAGCAGGAAGAAGCUUCUGCAGAUUAUCGACACCACGCUGCUCAAAUGCUACCUGCAUACCAACGUGGCCCUGGUGUCCCCUCUGUUGCGUCUGGAUAAUAACCACUGUCACAUUGAGGAGAGUGAGUACAUCCUGAAGAAGGCCCACAAGUACAGCGAGCUCAUCAUCCUCUAUGAGAAGAAGGGCCUGCAUCAGAAAGCCCUGCAGGUGUUGUUGGAUCAGUCCACCAAGGCUAACUCUCCUCUAAAGGGACAUGAGAGGACGGUGCAGUACCUCCAGAGACUGGGGAUGGAGAAUCUGGUCAUUAUCUUUGAGUUCUCUCCCUGGGUUCUGAAGAUCUGUCCUGAGGACGGACUCAAGAUCUUUACUGAAGACCUGACGGAAGUAGAGACCCUUCCCAGAGACAAGGUCCUGAACUUCCUGAAGGAGGGUUUUAAGGAGCUGGCUGUCCCCUACCUGGAACACAUCAUACACGUCUGGGAGGAGACCGAGCCAGAGUUCCAUAACGUCCUCAUUCAGAUGUACCUGGAGAGGGUCCAGGGGCUCAUGAAGCAGUACCUCAACUUCCUGCCAGAGGGGGUUCCUGCAGUGGCUGCUGGGAAGGAGGAGGGGGACCUGGGAGAGUUUAGGAACAAGCUGCUAUGUUUCCUGGAGGUCUCUACCAGCUACGAGCCUGGACGUCUUAUCAGUGACUUCCCCUUUGAUGGUAGGGAUGGUCUUCUGGAGGAGCGGGCCCUGCUGCUGGGUCGCAUGGGGAAACAUGAACAGGCCCUCUUCAUCUACGUACACGUCCUGAAGGACACACACAUGGCAGAAGAGUACUGUCAUAGGCAUUAUGACAAAGAGACGGACAGAAACCAAGAUGUGUACCUGUCUCUACUGCGCAUGUACCUGUCCCCUCCUGACGUCCACUGUCUUGGGCCAAUCAAAAUGGAGCUGUUGGAGCCACAGGCCAAUCUAAUGGCAGCUCUACAUGUCCUGGAGCUUCACCACAGCAAACUGAAUACAACUAAGGCCAUCGACCUGCUGCCAGCCAACACUCAGAUCAGAGAAAUCCGUGUGUUCUUGGAGAGUGUUCUGGAGGAGAAGGCUCAGAGGAAACGUUUUGACCAGGUCCUCAAGAGUCUGCUGCAGGCCGAGUUCCUACGGGUCCAGGAGGAGCGUAUCUUCCACCAACAGGUGAAGUGUAUCAUCACAGAGGAAAAGACCUGCAGGGUCUGUAAGAAGAAGAUAGGAAACAGCGCCUUCGCCAGGUAUCCCAAUGGUGUUGUAGUUCAUUAUUUCUGCUGUAAGGACCGAGCGGUGUGUCCUACGGAGCAGUGACGCAGCUAUCGCCCCCGCCUGGACGCAAAGCACUCUGGGAUACUAACAGACCAGACCGCCGUGUACUAAAAUGACAGAAUUGUUCCCUCCUGUGGACUAAAUGUUCCUAGCAGCACCCUGGAAUGCUGGUUUGAAACUACAUCACAGCAGCUGGGAUAUUCAGGAGGAGAGAGGACUCCUCCAUCUCUGGAACUCUAGCGGCUUCUCUCUGGAACAGCUACCUAUUCUGCCCCACAACGCCAGUUACCUAUUCUGCCCCACAACCCCAGCUACCUAUUUUGCCCCACAACCCCAGCUACCUAUUUUGCCCCACAACCCCAGCUACCUAUUUUGCCCCACAACCCCAGCUACCUAUUUUGCCCCACAACCCCAGCUACCUAUUCUGCCCCACAACCCCAGCUACCUAUUCUGCCCCACAACCCCAGCUACCUAUUCUGCCCCACAACCCCAGCUACCUAUUCUGCCCCACAACCCCAGCUACCUAUUCUGCCCCACAACCCCAGCUACCUAUUCUGCCCCACAACCCCAGCUACCUAUUCUGCCCCACAACCCCAGCUACCUAUUCUGCCCCACAACCCCAGCUACCUAUUCUGCCCCACAACCCCAGCUACCUAUUCUGCCCCACAACCCCAGCUACCUAUUCUGCCCCACAACCCCAGCUACCUAUUCUGCCCCACAACCCCAGCUACCUAUUCUGCCCCACAACCCCAGCUACCUAUUCUGCCCCACAACCCCAGCUACCUAUUCUGCCCCACAACCCCAGCUACCUAUUCUGCCCCACAACCCCAGCUACCUAUUCUGCCCCACAACCCCAGCUACCUAUUCUGCCCCACAACCCCAGCUACCUGUUCUGCCCCACAACCCCAGCUACCUGUUUUGCCCCACAACCCCAGCUACCUGUUUUGCCCCACAACCCCAGCUACCUGUUUUGCCCCACAACCCCAGCUACCUGUUUUGCCCCACAACCCCAGCUACCUGUUUUGCCCCACAAACCCCAGACAUCUAUUCUGCCCCACAAACCCAGCCAUCUAUUCUGCCCCACAAACCCAGCCAUCUAUUCUGCCCCACAAACCCAGCUACCUAUUCUGCCCCACAACCCCAGCUACCUAUUCUGCUCCACAACCCCAGUUACCUGCUACCUAUUCUGCCCCACAAACCCAGCUACCUAUUCUGCUCCACAACCCCAGCCACCUGCUAAACUAUAGUACCUGUAGCUAUUCUACCAACUACUCUGCUACAGUAACUACAAACAGGAGGAUCUGUUUCUGUUAGCUUUGGAAGAGACUGGAGACAUGGAGAUGUAGGAAAGAGAUCUUCACAACAACGGAGCCUGUUUCUGUCCGUAUUGUUAGAUUUAACCUGUAGCCUGUAUGAGAGGACGGUUCAAGUCUGAAUGAUCAGAACAGGCACUGCUGUUGUCUGUUUCUCUGCUGCCUCUCCCUCACUCCCUCAUUCCCUCCUCUUCUCUCCCUCAUUCCCUCCUCUUCUCUUCCUCACUCCCUCCUCUUCUCUCCCCUCACUCCCUCCUCUUCUCUCCCCUCACUCCCUCCUCUUCUCUCCCCUCACUCCCUCCUCUUCUCUCCCCUCACUCCCUCCCUCCUCUUCUCUCCCCUCACUCCCUCCCUCCUCUUCUCUCCCCUCACUCCCUCCCUCCUCUUCUCUCCCCUCACUCACUCACUCCCUCCAAUUCUCUCCCCUCACUCACUCACUCCCUCCAAUUCUCUCCCCUCACUCACUCCCUCCUCUUCUCUCUCUCAUCCUCAGACUACUCAGUACGCUACAGAGAUUACAUAGACUAACUCUUCUUCUCUGAUGCCUUGUGUGACUUUUAAGAAUGUACUUAAAAGCAGCCAUUUUCUUUUCGGUUAGCGUGUGUUUCUGAGGGAAUGGUUUUCAUGUUUUCGGUUAGCGUGUGUUUCUGAGGGAAUGGUUUUCAUGUUUUCGGUUAGCGUGUGUUUCUGAGGGAAUGGUUUUCAAUGCUUUCGGUUAGCGUGUGUUUCUGAGGGAAUGGUUUUCAAUGCUUUCAGUUAGCAUGUGUUUCUGAGGGAAUGGUUUUCAAUGUUUUCAGUUAGCCUGUGUUUCUGAGGGAAUGGUUAAAAAAACAGACUUCAGAUUCAAAUGUAACGACUCCAUUUCUAGCAUGGUUCAUGUGCACAAACACUUUUUUUUUUUUUUUUUUUAGAUCAGCUGCAGCGAUAUAACCUCUUCUGAAAGCUCUUGAGACUAAACUGUAUUUGGAAGUAGAUCCACAGUUUCAGAAUUCAUCUUUAUAUUGAUUGAUACAAUAUUAUGUCAGCAGCUCAACCCAUGUUUCCUUAUUCCAGAAGUGAUCGGGGGAAAUGGUUCUGUCUUUAUCAUGCGUUUAGUCUAUUUAAGAUGUUUUGUAUGUCAGAUUUGGAAUGAAAGUUUAAGAUAUGGAGUGAAUCCCGAAUGGCACCAUACUCCCUUUAUUAGUGCACUACUAUAUAGCCCUGUAGGGUUCUGGUGAAAAGUAGUGCACUAUAUAGGGAAUAGGGUGCCAUUUUGGGAUGCAUACAUUAAUAUAUGUCACAGUUGUAUCCUCGCAACAUUGUAAUUAAAUACGUGAAGCAUCA